GGUGUGGUGUGGAAUAAUAAACAUGAGCCUGCAUUCCCCACUCUUGCGAACACAACCGUACCGUAUGCGGUGAACUUGUGUAUUCCAACCCAGCUACCUGCCAGUCCCCACUUGAAUCAGAACUACCCGGAGCCAACUUUUUGUCCUUCUGUUGGUUCUGCCGUGGGAUCCAAUCCUCUGUUAACUCACACUGUGUAUGGAUGUCAUCAUAUGGAGAAUUUCACUCCAUACUGCCCUGGUCGAAUCCCAUUCACUCCGACAAAUGCCACCGUUCCCACAACAACAACAACAUCAACAACAACAACGGCAAUACCGUCUUUAUCAUGCUCACCGAUGAUUUAUUUCGUUCCUAUAUAUCACGGUGGAGUGCAACCAAUUGGGGAUUGGUUUUCAAAUCCUCCCAGUCAAACUCAUUUGCGAUGCCCAUCGCCAGUUGCACCAUCGGCACUACCCGUCCCAAUCACAUAUCAACCGUAUAUGGCCAAUUACAACCCAUCUGAUCUAAAUGUCGUACAGAUGUCGAACGAACAUUUCACAGUACAUGCGUCCAAUGUCGGGCAAAUGAAUGGAACGAUGGAGUCAUUACGAUCCCUCCAGACGAUUUCGGUGGCGUCGGGUAACACGGGGUCAAACUCUGUCCGGGGAAAAGCUACCACCACAACUGCUAGCAGUAACACCUCACGACCUGGUAGGAAAAAACGACUUGUGUUUCACAAUAAUAUUUUAUACAAAACACAGUUGUGUCGUCAGUUCCUGACCAGCAAGAGCUGUCCGCGCGGUCUCGCUUGCCAAUUUGCUCACGGAGAGCACGAAUUACGGGAUCCGCGUAGUCAUCCACUGUACAAGACGACCAUUUGUCAGGAAUUCUGGUCAACUGGCCAUUGCAACCGGGGCAUCAGCUGUUUACACAUACAUCCGUUUGAGCCGCUUGUUCAACGUCAACCGAAUGUGAGCACCGCGCGACUGACUCGUCCCAGCCUGCGAGCCGGGCUGUUGCCAAUCGGUGAGCGUUGA